AUGGCCUCAUCGAAAGUUGUACAACAAUAUUGGAGGAGCCUGGCUCGGCCCGGACUCGGACGCCGGGGGCCAGCCGGGACGGCGUUGCAGGUUGAGGCUCUGACUAACACGAGUCUCGUCAACCAACGCAACAGCACGAGUUCGAGCUCGCCUACAGAACCAAAACGUGAAAGAGUCGUCGUCCUGGGCUCAGGCUGGGCAGGCUACGCCUUCGCCCGCGACCUCGACCCCAAAAAAUACGAACGCAUCCUCAUCUCCCCGCGCUCCUACUUCGUCUUCACCCCCCUGCUGGCCUCCACCUCGGUCGGCACCCUCGAGUUCCGCUCCGUCCUCGAGCCCGUCCGCCGUCUGGAGCUGGACUCGUUCCACCAGGCCUGGGCCGACGACGUGGAUUUCACCCGGAAAGUGAUUCGCAUCGAAAAGGUCACGUCCGAGGACGCCACGUCCAAGACGUUGCCGGCUAGGGAUGUGCAUUCGCGGGCUAAAGGGGAGGUGGUUGAUGUCGCCUACGACAAGCUUGUUGUGGCGGUGGGGUCGUAUUCGCAGACGUUUGGGAUCGAGGGGGUGAAGGAGUAUGCUAAUUUCUUGAGGGAUAUUGGGGAUGCGAGGAGUAUUCGGUUGAGGGUAUUGCAGUGCUUUGAGAAGGCGGAUUGGCCGACGACGACGGAUGAGCAGAGGAGGAAGUUGCUUCACUUUGCUGUUGUUGGCGGAGGCCCGACGGGUAUUGAAUUCGCCGCUGAGCUCCACGACCUAAUCCACGACGACCUCUCCAAGCUCUACCCGCACCUCAUGGAAUUUGUCGGCAUUACAGUCUACGACAUCGCACCCAAGGUCCUACCCAUGUUUGACCAGCAGCUGGCCUCCUACGCAGAGGACCUCUUCCGCCGCCAGGGCAUCAAAGUAAAAACCAACCACCACCUGCAGCGCAUCCGCUCGGACGAAGCGGACCCGCGCGGGGCGCUGCGGCUCAAGAUCCAGGAGCACGGCGAGGAGGAGGUCGGCGCGGGGAUCGUGGUCUGGAGCACGGGGCUGAUGCAGAACCCGCUUGUGCAGACGCUGAUGAAGAAGGAGUUGCGGAAUCCGAAUGCUGUUGUUGCUGCUGCUGCUGAUGGUGAAGGGCAGAGUGCUAGUGGUGGUGAGAUGGUCAACAUUCUCAGGGCGGAGCGGAGCGGCGGUAUCGUCACGGAUGAGCAUCUGAGGGUCCGCCUAGACGAUCCGAAGAACGAGGGCGCCGUGCUGCCGGACGUGUACUCGAUGGGCGACUGCUCCGUUCUCGAGGGCCAGACGCUGCCUGCUACGGCGCAGGUUGCGAGUCAGCAGGCAAAGUACCUCGCCAAGGCGCUCAACAAGGCGGCGGCUGGGCCGGAGGGUAAGCCGUUCAAGUUCCGGAAUCUUGGGGCCAUGGCGUAUUUGGGGAGCUGGCGGGCGAUUCAUCAGAGUUCUGCGGAUGAGUUGAAGGGGAGAGCAGCUUGGAUUCUGUGGCGGUGUGCUUAUUUGACCAAGUCGAUGAGUGUCCGGAACAAGAUUCUGGUUCCGGUUUACUGGUUUAUCACGUGGGUUUUUGGAAGGGACAUUUCUCGAUUUUGA